GCCCGGGGAGGAGCAGCUCGGCUCGGCGCGGCUCGGCUCGGGAAUCCCGGGACCUCGGAACCCAGCGACCCGGGCCUUGGCGUGUUUGUGAGCAGCUGCUUCCCGGAGCCUGGGCCCCUGGCCAACGCGGUGACAGCGACCUUUGGGUUAUCACAAAGGGUCUAACAGGCCGGAAAGUGCCCCUCCUGCCCUCCCAUUCCUGGCCCAAGCUCUGACUCCGGUGACCUGGCAGUUGGGUUUUCGGAUUUACAUUUUGAGCAGAGAUCACUGGAAACCGCCUCCAGCCAGAGCCGGCACGGCCCCAGCCCGAAGAGGAGGCCAAGGCCCCGCAGGCCCCCUUCCCCUGGGCUCCGUGGCCACCUACGAGGUUCGCUCAGUGACUGUGGCAUCCCGGGCAGCAGCGGCCUCCAUGGCCCCACUCCCUGCCGGCAUCCGCCUCAUCGCCUCCUUCUCCAGGGAUCAGUGGUACCGAGCCUUCAUCUUCACGCUGACGUAUUUGCUGUACGCCAGUUUUCACUUAUCUCGGAAGCCUAUCAGCAUAGUUAAGGGUGAGCUCCACAAGCACUGCACCUCGGGGGAUGAGGCUGCGGCCAGACCCAGCCACCAGAGCGACAGCACCGGGCUUGCCGCCCCUCACCAGCUCCAGGACAAUGGGAGUGACUGUGGCUGGGCCCCUUUCGAUAAGGACAACUAUCAGCAGCUGCUUGGAGCCCUGGACUAUUCCUUCCUGUGUGCCUACGCCGUGGGGAUGUACCUGAGCGGCAUACUGGGGGAGCGCCUGCCCAUCAGGUACUACCUGACUUUCGGGAUGCUGGCCAGCGGGGCCUUUACCGCCCUCUUCGGGCUGGGAUAUUUCUACGAUAUCCACAGUUUGGGAUUCUACGUGGUCGCUCAGGUCAUCAAUGGACUGGUGCAGACCACGGGCUGGCCCAGCGUUGUCACCUGCCUCGGCAACUGGUUUGGAAAAGGAAGGCGCGGCCUGAUCAUGGGGGUCUGGAACUCCCACACCUCUGUGGGCAACAUCCUGGGCUCCCUGAUUGCCGGCUACUGGGUGUCCACGUGCUGGGGCCUGUCCUUCAUGGUACCUGGGGCCAUCGUGGCCACCAUGGGGAUCGUGUGCUUCCUCUUCCUCGUUGAACAUCCCAAGGACAUCCGGUGCACCUCCACUCUGACCGCGCAUUCGAAAGCCUACGAGAACGGUACCAACAGAUUUAGACUCCAGAAGCCGAUGUCACACAGCGAGAAGAGCAGGCCCCUGGACCCGGAGAUGCAGUGCUUGCUGCUGUCCCACGGGAAGACCCCCAUCCACCCGAGCCACGUCGUCGUCCUCCCAGGGGACAGUGGCCACGGCACGGCCGCCAUCAGCUUCACAGGGGCCCUGAGGAUCCCGGGCGUGAUCGAGUUCUCCCUGUGCCUGCUCUUCGCCAAGCUGGUCAGCUACACCUUCCUCUUCUGGCUUCCGCUCUACAUCACUAGCGUAGAUCACUUGGAUGCCCAGAGAGCCGGCGAGCUCUCCACGCUGUUCGACGUGGGCGGGCUCUUUGGUGGGAUCCUGGCAGGUGUGGUCUCUGACCGGCUGGAGAAGCGGGCCUCCACCUGCGGCCUGAUGCUGCUGCUCGCUGCGCCCACGCUGUACGUGUUCUCCGCGGUCAGCAGGAUGGGCCUGGAAGCCACGGUCGCCAUGCUGCUGCUCAGCGGGGCGCUGGUCAGCGGGCCCUAUGCGCUCAUCACCACUGCCGUCUCCGCAGACCUGGGCACGCACAAAAGCCUGAAAGGAAACUCCCAUGCCCUCUCCACGGUGACAGCCAUCAUCGACGGCACCGGCUCUGUGGGAGCAGCGCUGGGCCCCCUGCUGGCCGGGCUCCUCUCGCCUUCCGGAUGGAGCAACGUGUUUUACAUGUUGAUGUUUGCAGACGCCUGUGCCUUACUGUUCUUGGUCCGCCUCAUCCACAAGGAGCUGAGCUGCCCAGGGCCAGCUGCGGGGAACCAGGCUCCACUGAAGGAACACUGACCCCGCGAGUCCACUGGAGGAGCUGGGCCCGUCCAUCCUAAACAGACGGCUUUGAGCAACAGCUACACCAAGGAUCCUGUCUCAGGAAGACUGAUUUUCCCGGGUGACACAGAGCCAAGCUGAGAACUCUGGGUGUGGUCAAGCAGACGGGCGCUCAGGAUGGCGGUGGGCGUCCCAGGGUCACUGCACAACUGAGCCCUGAUGCGGCAGCCCUGUGUCCCCCAGGCGCCCCAGUGUGGCGUGUGACGGCGUGGAGGCGACCCCUCAGGUAUCCCCAAAGUGAUUGCUGAAGCCACAGCAGCUCCCCCGAGAGCCCGCACGGGCCGAGGGAGCGGACGGGUCUCGGGCACAGGGACGGACGCACCAGCUCCACGCGGCGUUGGGCAGCCCAGACCCUGGUCAGAAACCAGGGAUUUCUCCAGCUCCUUUGGGCUCAGGGCUGACCUGGAAACCGCAGGCGUCCAGCGUGAACCACUGUGAAGCCAUGAGCUAGCCAGGGGGUGGAGGCACGGUGCAGCCUGAGCUACCGCGCCCCUGCUGCACCCCAGAAGCCACCUGUUUCCAGAUACGUAGCCAUGGGGGGUUAUUUAUUUAAAACGCAUUUUGUGUUCUAUGAAGUUUAAGAAAUCUAAGUGGCAUUUUGUUAUUUAUUAAGACAAACUGAAACGGUUCUCUGGCCAUUUGUUUUUGGGGGUUGGAUCUAGCAAAAUACUUAUCUGUCCUUUGAAAUAAAGUGGAUUUUAGAAAAAAAAAAUCAAGCAAAACACACAGAGAAUAUUGGUCCUUUCUGCUCACGUGACCGUGACGUGUGGUUUUGGUUUCCCGGGAAUAACGGGUGGGCUUCUGCCCGACAAGCUCUUCCUCUGGGCAUCGGAAGUUUUAUAAAUCCUGCUCCUUGAAGAUUAUCCAAGAUUUGUCCUUGAUGUGGAAGGACACGCACGGGAGCGGG